AUGCUGUCUUCUUUUGCCUCGCUUGCCAACCAGUCGCAGGUGAGUCGAGAAUGCGACUCGGCCAGACUCGAGAGUGCCGUGGAGACAGUCGAUAUGCCCAAAUCGGCUGAUCUCGCCUGCUUUGACGGGACCGGGAUUCGAGCUUACGCCGUCUCGAUCAGACGGCAAUUUAGGUCGAGGCCAUUACCGAAAUGGGCCUUCCAACUAGCCUCAGGUCAGCAGCUAUCAUAA